AUGAAUCUUAACAACAAUGAAUCUUUGAUCACCUCCAAAAUGAAUGGGAUCACUGUCGACGAUAUGAAUAGUUUGAGGAUCGGAGAUCCAGGUGUGUUUUAAUUUUUUCGUUGGUUAUAUUGUUGUAGAAGUAACCGAGAUGUCCAUCGAAUUGCAAAAAUUAUGUGAUCAAUUCACGCACAAUGUUGGAGAAUUACAAGGACGGUUGAGUGACGUUCAGGAAGUGUUUAGAGAGGUAAUCUUCAUAAAAUUUUCUAUCUUCUAAUAUUGCUUUAGUAAGUGUGCAAAAAUUUAUGAAAGUAAAAUUUCUCCAUAUGAAUUUCAGUUAGGAGAGCUGGCAGAUCGUGAGAAAAUCAUAGCCAUGAAUACUGCCAAUGAAUUGAAAAUGAUACAAUCGAAUCAAGACAGCAGCAAGGAUACAAUGAGGAUUCAAGUAAGACAAAUAAUUACUAUAGUAUAACCUCCUUUUCAGGCUAGCAUUCAAGAGAAAGCUGUUGAAUUAGAACAUGCCAAACGACAAUUGGAGAACUUGAAGCAAAUCGAAGCCAAGCAGACCGAAUAUAUCAGAAAACUUCAUUUAUUGCAGUAA